AUGGACUUUUGGUUGCGCCUCGUAGCAAACACCCCGUUGUCGGGCAACUCCACCAAGGAUGCCGCGCGGGAUCCCGUCAGGCGACGCCAGCGCUUCGAGAAGGAGUACAGCCAGCUGCUGCAAAUAUGGCGCAACUGUUCCAACCUCGCUCGCGAUGUCGAUGCUGCCGAGAACCUCGAGAUCCGCCUCCAGGAGCUGACCAAUAUCCUCGCCAACGAAUCCCGUCGGCCGCUGCCGCAUCCGUGCAUUUCCUUUUGCGCCACGAAACAGAUAUACACCCCGAUCGCCAAGAUAGCCACGACUUCAUACAAUGAGUGGAUCAUCCGGGAGGCCGUGCUAUUCUUCGCCACGUUGAUCGAGAGCGAGGAGGAAGCCUUCGUCGAGAACGAUGCCUUUUCCGCCAGCUUGACCAACCUCCUUGUUCGCAUUACCGGUGCCAAUAGUAUACGGCUGGGCUCCGAUACUGAAGUCAGGGUUGUUGAAUUGGCUUUCAACAUCACCACCAAGAUCAGGCUCGAGCCCGAGAUCCUCCCUGCUUGGUUCAAGUCCCAAUCCGACGCGGCAGCACAGAAUGAGAAACUCAAAGAUCGGAAAGACAAGUUUGCCGGGAGAACACAGAAGCAUGACUUCCCACUGUUUUACCUCUUGAUGGACUAUAUCCACCAUGAGGGCAAAGUUGGAGACUUUGCCCGGACGGGGCUCCUAUACAUCAUUGAAGCGGCCUCGAACUCAGUCGCCCUUGAGCAAUGGAUUGUCGAAAGCGAUCUGUCUACUUUGAUGGCCACAGGCCUGGGCGCAUUGUACAGUCAGCUUAGCCGGAAGCUGGUCAUUGAUCAUCCACCACAAGACUUACCACCUGUUCUCGCCUUUUCCGACUACCAGCAUCCGGCCUCAACAUUCGAGAUCAUCAGUUCAUGCAGUCCAGACUUUCAACUACACUUGGACACGUUUCUCUCACAUCUCCUGUUCUGGCAGGAUGUUCUGAACCAUUGUCGAUCUGUAGAAGUCAAGUCCACCCUUCUGGAACACUUCCAGGUCAUUUUUCUCCAGCAAUUAUUAUACCCGUCGCUUCUAGAGUCCUCUGAUGUGGAUGGUGGCUCGUCGGUGGCAGUUCUGACCUACCUCAGACGCAUUUUAGAGUCACUGGACCAUCCCGACAUGAUCAAUCUGAUUCUGCACUACUUGCUCGCGCUUCCGGGUUCGGAAUCUUCAGUUCGACCGUAUGUAGAGCCUGCUAUAAGCGCUGCUCGAAAGCGCAAGUCUGUGGACCUCGCAAGUAUGAUGGCAACUAAAGUCGAAUCCGGUUAUUCGCCCUUACUGUUCAACCUGGUCGAUUUAAUCCAGUCGUGUCUUAAAAGCCAAAACGAACAGACAGUAUGUGUGACGCUGCAACUCGUAGCGGCGAUCCUUAAGCGGCAUCACCGAUACGCGAUCGUCACCCUUCUUCAUACCGAAGGUGUUAUUGGCAAUACGGCGCAUCGGACUGUGGGAGCUCAUCAGCAAGAAGUCGAUUUUCUUGUGACAUUAGCUGGAUCAGUUGGCGGACGGGACAAUUUCGACGAAGUCUACGACAGUAUAUUGAAAGACACAAUGACUCGGGUGGAAGGUCACCCUUGCUCACUCAAGCUGGUGGCACCGAAAGUAUCGACCAAUAACCACAAACUUCCUGCCAUACCGGAUAGCCUGCCUGGCGCACCUCGAGACGUUCCACCGCAUACCCUGCGUCCCGAUGAUCCUCUUCUGCACAAUAUUCUCGACAUUGUUCAGCAAUUCUUUAUGAAUCCCGUGGAGACAAACCUGUCCGUCACCGAGACAAUCAUGGACCUGGCUAUCUGCGGAUAUAUAUCAUUAGAGGGUUGGCUUCUGCGUCAUCCAAGGAAAUAUGUCUUCGACGAGGAAACCAAUGAGACUGAACCACCGCUGUUGGAUCCCAGCUCGCCCUCUUUCAGUGAGAUCGAGAAAUUACAGGCUGUGAGCAGGUGUCGGCGACGGCCGCAGUGGCAGCCCUCCACCUUGCCCCGCAUCCUCGCCGUUUUAGAGUCACUCGCUGACCAAGUUGCAUCUUUCCGAGACACGAUCCCGAGAUUCGAAGAUCUUUUGCAACAGCGUCGUGAGGCGUUCCAAACCGCUGACGCGAUCGUUAUGAAUCAACCCAAUGUUCGCUCCGGCUCCAACACAAGGACCCCUGGACCAGACCAGCCAAGCGCGACAGAUCCACGGUCAGCGUCUCCGGCAAGGCCUAGUGGGCUUGAGAGUUUCGCUCAGAGGAUAUUGUCCGAACUGGGCACUCCCACUCGAUCACGCAGUCCUCGCGGACGGAGAGACACGAACCGCAGCUCAGGUGCCGGGUCUACACCCACCUCCAAACCAGUCCCUGUCCCGCCCAAAGAGUUUCCUCUCAACUAUGAUACGCCUCGCAAAACUGGUCCGUCUCGCUCGUUUUCGCCUAGUACCAAGCAUGACGGUUUUGGCUCUGAUGAGCGAGACAGCCCGGUUGCAAGUCAAGCUGCUGCCUUUGCCGCAGUCGAUCAGGGGAUCCUGGCCAGAAAAGUUGGCCUACCUGGACAGAAGGUGGAGCCUAUUCCACUGAACUUCAACAAGAAGGUCAAUAGUAAUGGCGAUAUUGAGAGAAAUCCGAGCCGGGAAGGCGAAGACAACCAUGAUCCCCUCGAGGACCAGCUUGACGUGGAUGAAAGCGAAGCCGAGGCUCAAUCAGAGGUUGAAUCCGAGACGGAAACCCCGCCAGAUGAGAAGACGGCUUCGGUCUCGCACAUCAUCACUAAUGUCAUCAUAUAUCAGUCGUUUCUCCUGGAACUGGUCAGCCUGAUCCAGGUCAGAGCCGGGAUGUUCAACGAAGUCAGGUUCGCGUAG